UAAGAGCCGUGCUGGCGGGGACGGGGACGCUCUGCCCGCCGCCUCCAGCCUGGCCCCGGCCAAAGGGCAGGCGCAGCCCCCGCGGGAAGGCUGCUGGGACGGGGGGCCGGUGGGACGGGGGCCGCUUGGGGCACGAGGAGCCGGAGACCGCCGCUGCCCGGGGCUGAAGCCCUUCCUCCCCGCCAGGUCCGUGCUCGGUGCCGCGAUGGAUUACGCCAAGUCCCUGAGCUCGCGCCUGGCCGCCCCCGUCUCCAAGUGCGUCUCCGCCAGCGCCUCCAUGACCCAGCAGCUGCUGCUGAGCCCGGCCCCGCGGCCCCGUCCCUUUCGGGUGUGCAACUGGGACCGCAGCCUGCGCAAGGGCAUCAUGGCCCAGAGCCUCGCCGAGCUGCUGCGCCAGGCUCAGAGCGCCCUGCUGGCCCCCGGCCCCGUCUCCCUGGUCCUGGACGAGGACGGCACGGCGGUGGAGACGGAGCCUUUCUUCCGCACGCUGGAGGAGGGCGCGGUGCUGAUGGCGCUGAGCAAGGGGCAGGCCUGGUCUGCCCCCAAGACCCCCGGCUACCAGCUGAGCCUGUCCCGCAAGCCCCCCCGGAGGAUCGACGUGGCCUGCAUCACUUUCGACCUCUACAAAACCAGCCCGCGGGACCUGGGCUGCCUCAACGUCAAAGCCACGCUCUACGGCACCUACAGCAUGUCCUACGACCUGCGCUGCCACGGGGCCAAGCGCCUUGUCAAGGAAGCCCUGCGCUGGGUGCUCUUCGCCAUGCAGGCCACGGGCCACGUGCUGCUGGGCACCUCCUGCUACAUGGAGCAGCUCCUGGACGCCACCGAGGAGCACAAGGAGGAGGAGGAGAGGAGCCCGGCGCUGCCCCGCGCCCUGCCCCGCAGCCUCCCCCCGCCGCCCCCCAAGAAGACCCCGCAGUGAGGGCCGGGGGGCGGGGGGGUUCCCCUGUGCCGCGCCGGCUGGAUGCGGCCACGUCUCCGCGGUAGCCGUUACUCUGUAAAUAUAUUUAUUUAAGUUAAAGCUGUGCUUCUCCCA